AUGCAAGAUGAAGUGACGCAGCAAAAGGUACUGCGUCCUCGCCGUCACUCAAAUCUAGACGACGACGAUGAUCCAACCAGUUACAACAAUACGGAACCUGGUAGUAAUUAUGAGAAUCGUAAGUGGAGUAUGGAAGAGACAGUUGAAGUGGACGACGAGAACGAGGAUCAAUGGAUUAGUAGUCCGCAUACACUUACGGUCGGAUUUUUGCUCAUGCUUUGGAUUAUCUAUGCUGCAUUUCAUGAACCUGUGGCUCAAAUGGAAGAUCCAAAAGAACAGUAUACAGCUGAUGUGAAACGGGGUAUUAAAUACGCCUGUGUCUUCUUCCUUACGUACUGUAGUCUCCAGCUACCGGACGGUCAUUUUGUCCGUCCACAUCCAAUUGUAUGGCGAUUCUUAACGGGACUCUUUAUCUUGUACGAGAUCUUACUAAUUGUUCUGCUUUUCUUAAGGACAAAUGAUGCUCGACAGUUUAUGAAAAUCUUUGAUCCGAGUCUUGGCGUGCAACUGCCCGAGACAUCGUACGCUGGAGACUGUCGUGUGUACACACCUGAGAAUCCGAACUCGCACUUUGCUAAUGUUAAGGCAACGUUCUUGGAUCGGUUUGUGAUCAUGCACUUUUUCGGUUGGAUUGUUGGGUCUAUUAUGGUACGUAGCAAGAUGAUCUCGUGGAUUUUGAGUGUCAUGUUUGAAUUAUACGAGAUAACAUUCAGUCACUGGUUGGCGAACUUUAACGAGUGCUGGUGGGAUCACUUGUUCUUUGACAUUCUUACGUGCAAUGCGGCGGGAAUCUACUUGGGGAUCAAGAUUUGUCGCUACUUUGAGAUGCGCCGAUUUAAUUGGGUUGGCAUCCGCAAGAUUCCUAACUUGUCGGGCAAGGCGAAGCGAGCGCUGGCGCAGUUUACACCUGCGUAUUGGAUGGCAUAUGACUGGAAAAUUUUCCGAUCGGCCGAGCGCUUUUGGCGAGUGAUGUCGAUGGUGACGAUCCUGUCGAUCAUGAUGCUCAACUCAUUCUUCCUCAAGACGGUGCUUUGGGUGCCUGCAAGUAGCAAUGUUAACAUUUAUCGUCUUGCAAUCUGGUACUCGGCUGGUAGCUAUGCGGUGGCGGAAUAUUACAUUUUCUGCUCUUUUACGAUGACCUACGAUGGCAAGAAGAUGCUUGUGAAGAAGCUUGGCCCGCGUGCUUGGCUAGGCGUCGCUGUCGUUCUAACUGAGCUCCUUGUUAUUUUUAAGCACGGCCGAGGCAUGUUUACGGAGCCCUUCCCGCUGUACAUUAAGCUCAUCUGGGCAGCGAUCUUUGCCGUACUCGUGGUUGGCUCCACGGUCUACUUCAAGUUUUUUAGUGAGCCGCUUGAUGAGGAAAAGAAGACGCAAUAG